UGUGUGAGCUCUCCUCUUCACACCAGCUCUCCCUCUUCGCCCAAAUUUAGCCAGGAUGCAUCAAGAAGUGGCCGGAUUAGUGUACUCGUGGGGCAGAGGGGAGGACGGACAGCUAGGCCUGGGAGACACAAACGACCAGGACAGGCCGGUGUUGGUUGAUGCGCUCAAGUCCAGGGGUGUUGUCCAGGUCGCCUGCGGGAGCGGGCACACCGUCGUCCUAAGCGAGGACGGUGCUGUGUACACAUGGGGGCGUGGAGACGACGGGCGUCUCGGGCACGGAGACAACGGCUGGAAGUACGUGCCGCGGAUUGUGGAGGCGCUGGAGGGGCAGCGAAUCGUGCAGGCAACAUGCGGAAGUUACCACACAGCCGCCGUAACGGACAAAGGAGAGCUCUACACCUGGGGAGGCGGCAUGUACGGGAAGCUGGGGCACGGUAACGAGAGCGGGCACCCCACUCCCUGCAUGGUGAAGCACCUUCGGGAUGAGGGGGCGAGGGUCACGCAGAUCGCUUGCGGCAGCCGCCACACCGUCGUGCUCACGGACCUGGGCAAGGUGUACACGUGGGGGGACAAAGAGAACGGAGUGGUGGGGCACACCAACGCCGACGGCCACCAGUACCUGCCCCGCAUGCUGGAGUCCCUUCAGGCCAAGACCGUGACGCAAGUGGCGGCGUGCGGCUUCCACACGGCCGCCCUCACCGACGCGGGGGAGAUCUUCACCUGGGGGGAAGGAAAAUUCGGACGCUUGGGUCAUGGAAUAGAACGAAAUCAGAUGGUGCCCCGAAUGGUGGAGGCGUUAAAGGGGAAGCGGGUGGGACACGUGGCGUGCGGAGGCUUUCACUCGGCGGCGAUUUUGGAGUCGGGGGAACUCUACACUUGGGGCGGCGGCGAGCAUGGGCAGCUCGGACACGGAGAUAAGGUCAACAAGACGUCGCCUACCCUGGUGGAAGGCCUGGCCUCGCAUCCCCUCGUGCAGAUCACGUGCGGCUGGAGCCACACCGUCGGUCUGACGGCCACGGGCAAGGUUUAUACCUUCGGGAACGGGGACCAUGGCAAGCUGGGCCACGGGGAUGUGAGAAAAGUCUCGGUGCCUACCCUCGUGGCCGGACUCGUCAAGAUGCACGUCGUUAAGGUGGCGUCGUACAACGAGCACACGGCAGCGUUGGCGGGAGCGAGCUCGUCCACGCCGGCGUUGAGUUCCAUGUCUUCGUCGUUCAUGACGGACAUCCGAUCACUCCUCGACAACCAGGACCUCUCAGACGUUACUUUCAUUGUGGAGGGAAGUCCGGUUUACGCGCACAAGGCUCUAUUGGCGGCGCGCUGCCAGCACUUCCGCGCGAUGUUCACGUCGGGUAUGCGGGAGACCCACGAGCAGGAGGUGGUUAUCCCGCACGUCCGGCUACCGAUCUUCAAGGUCCUCCUGGAGUACAUCUACGCCGACAGCGUCGACGUGUCGCUCGAGGACGCGGUGGAGCUGUUCAUCGCAGCGGACCAGUACACGUUAGAUCGUCUCAAGGGCCUGUGCGAGCUGGCCGUGCAAAAGGGAAUUACCGCGAAUAACUCCGCCUCCCUCCUGCACACCAGCGACGACCUCCGCGCGACCCGUCUGCGUGACAUCUGCAUGCGCUUUGUCGUGCGACACUUCGACACCGUCUCCAAAUCAGAGGGAUUCAAGGUCUUGAGCCGUGAGUUGAUAUUCGAUGUGCUCAGCAGCCGAUGACUCAUCGAGAACCAAGGGAGUCGAGCGGAACGGCUCGCGCGCAGUACGCUCGGAUUUUCGGAGAGUCGCACAGCAGUAUUGACGGCGGUGAUAGCUUUAGCGUCGAUACGUGGUGGUCGUGUUAGCCUGUGGGUCGGGUUUGUUUGUGUUUGUUUCUUGCUGCUGCUGCUGCUACUUGAUGGGAGGGAGGUUUCAGAGAGAGAGGGGCCCAUGAGGGCGCACGCACCGUUGUGUAGAUUUGAGUGUGUUGUAGUAUUAUGACAGCUGUUUUUCGUAUUUUUUUUUCCGACAUGUGUGUGUGUGAGUCCGUUUCGCCCGCCAGGGAGUGUUUUUCUUCCGGUCGACAAGCCCUCGAUGUGAGAGGAGGAGGAGGAGGAAGAGGAGGAGGAGCAGUACAGAAGUAGAGAAUUGUUGUUGUGCAUAGGGGAUCAUCAUCCCGCCGUUCGAUUUUGUUUCAUGAUGCACAAGGUGCCUUGGCAGUAGUGCCCACGCGGCCUCAAAUUACACCUCGUUGUGUUCGUGCUGUUUGUUUUUGUUGUGUCUCGCGCGGGGCGGUAGUUGGUGACGGGCACAGUCGUGCAGCUAGCGGUGUUGUUUGUUUGUUGUGGACUAAAAACGCGUGGUAUCGUUUUUUGGCCCUCAAUAUUCACCACCUCUUUGCCGUGUCCAACUGCAUUCAGAGAUGGUUUACGUUUUUGAUGAAUGCACGGAACCAUGUUUGUGACGGGUGUCACAGCAAGCGGUGUGGAGAACAAAUGUGGCCGAUGGCGAGCAGAACUAACUGUGAUGAAUCAGAAUCACACGAAGGCGGAGCCGGUUUCGGUAGAUUGUCGUUUGAUAUUAUGUGUGUUCCUUGCACAUGAUGAUUGUAAGCAGAAAUAAAAGUGUCUUCACCCCCUCCCUGCAUGUUGCAUCC